UUUUUCUUGCAUGGAUUAUGACAUGGUAAUGGCGAAAAUAUGCACGUGUGGCAUUUCUCUCCUCUCUUCCUUAAAUUCUCCGAACCCACAGAGAAAACGAGAUCCCCCAUCGUCCAUAGACACACAUAGACAUGAAAACACAAGAAUUUUGAUAAUUUCUCCCCAAAUUUCCACAAGACAGACGAAAGGAGUCUUUCCGGGAGUUUUCAUCAUGACAUCCCCAAUGCAUCAGCAUACUCGUUCCACUUCGACUAAUCUAAGUAUGAAGAAGCCACAGAACAAGGCAGCUGCUCAAAGGCUUGCAGAGGUUAUGGCUCAGCAACCAGCAGAUGACGAAGAGGAGGACGAGCUGUAUGAUUUCAACUCAGGCGUUCCGUCAGCUGGUAUAGGACUUGCAGGCGGAAGGCAAGCUCGAGGCCGUUCUCCAAUGUCAGUUCGUAACUCAGUAGAUCAGCCUUCAUCAGCUCGUUAUAGGAAUUCUCGUUCCAAGCCUCUCGAACCAUCUUCAAGCGUGGAACAUCAGCAGCCUUCCUCGGCUCGUUAUUCUCGUCCCAAGCCGCUUGAACCAUCUUUAGAACAUCAGCAGCCUUCAUCAGCUCGCCACCGACAGUCAAAGCCUGUUGAACCGUCCCUGUCUCUUAAUCACUCCACACGUGUAAGAUCAUCUUCUUCUGUUCAAAUGAACGCUUCGGAGGAACCACCACAGCCAGCAUCAGCUCGCUCCGCUGGAAGAUCAUCCUCUUCUGCUAGUUUAGUUGGCCGGCCGAAUUUGAGGGUGAAGACAGUUCCCAUGGUGCCAUCAAGCGUGUCUCUGUCACUUAAGCCCGUGGCAUCUGGAAAUACGGCUGAUUCUCAGCUCGAUAAAGUCAGGGAUAAAAAGUUAUCGCUCGAUUUUGGAACUUUCAAAUUGAAAGAGCAAGGUGGCCUGCAGUCCUCUUCUGCUCUACAAGACGAGCUUGAUAUGCUUCAAGAAGAAAACGAGAGUUUAGUGGAAAAGCUCAGGAUAGCAGAAGAACGGUAUGAUGAAGCAGAAGCAAGAACCAGGCAGCUCGAAAAACAGAUUGAGUCUUUAGGCAAUGGUGUGUCUUUAGAAGCUCGGCUUUUAAGCAGGAAGGAAGCUGACCUUCAGAAACGAGAGGCUGCUCUUAAAAUCGCAGCAGGCACUUAUGGCGGUGGCAACGAGGAGCUUGCAGUCCUCCGAAUGGAAAUUGAGGCGUCGAGGGAAGAAGCUAACUCUGCUCUGGAUCAACUCCAUGUCGCCAUGCUAGAAGUUAAAUCGCUUAAGAUAACUACACAACGGAUGAUACUGACUCACGAGGAGAUGGAAGAGGUUGUUCUCAAGAGGUGUUGGCUUGCUCGAUGCUGGAGUUUGUGCAUUCGCCACGGGAUACACGCUGAGAUAGCCGAAGCAAGGCAUGGAUAUUGGUCACGUUUCGCUUCACGCCCUGUUGAAGUUAUAUUGGCAGCAGGACGUAAAGCAAAAGAUGGACAUCAUUCCGCUACCGAUGGUUUAGACGAAAGGGAGAGAGUUCUGCUGCACAAGGAAGAUCUUACAAAGAAGGUCGACUUGGAAAGCAUGCUUAUGGUCGAAAAAGGUCUCCGGGAACUGAAUGCCCUCAAGGUAGAGGAGGCGAUAGCUGUGGCACUGGCCCAGAAACGUCGCCCGUGUAUUCUAAAAACUAAUAUCGAUGAAGUGAAGCUACCAGCUGAGAGCACCAAUCAUUCAGAAACAUUCGGAUUGAGUCCGGAGGAGUGUGAAGACGUGCUUCUUAAGCAAGCUUGGCUGUCGUACUUCUGGAGACGAGCAAAAACUCAAGGGUUGGAACCGGAUAUUGCUGAAGAUAGGCUGCAAUUCUGGAUCAACCAAGGAAACCGGGCGCCUAAUUCACAUGAUGCCGUUGAUGUCGAGCGUGGUCUUUUGGAGCUCCGGAAGCUGGGGAUGGAGACGAAGCUGUGGGAGGAGUCGCGGAGAUUGAUCGAUCACAGCUCCUCCUACAAGACUCUGCUGGAAACUGAGUAUGAAAUUUUGUCAUGAGCUUUUUUCUUGUCCCAUCUUUUAUUUCUUGCUACAUUUUUGGUGCAAUUAACUUUUUUCUCA